AUGCAGCACAAGAUCGUCGUCGUCAAGGCUAGACGCUACUGCACACUUCGUUGCAAGCCUCGCACGCUGGAUCUCAGCAUGGAGACCAUGUCCUCCUACUUUCACAUGCCCCUCGAUGAGGCGGCGAAGAAGCUGGGGAUCGCUUCUACCACGCUCAAGCUCAUCUGCCGCAAGCUUGGAGUUCCUCGAUGGCCCUACCGAAACGUUCAGAAGGAGCAGAGACGAUCCUUGGAUCAUUCGAUUGGCGUUCAACCUUCCUUCAUGUCGACUAGCUCGUUGCCGGAUAGAGGAACGGCAGUUGAGGACAAAAGGGGAGUGGCGGCCGGAGCAGUGUGUUUGAUGGAAAGAGGGAGAGAGGAGUGGAGACGGGUGCGUGAGCUUCUCGGGGCUGAAGCACUUUUUGAGGAGGCGAUGGAGCAUGUGGGAGGGCGGGGGAGGUCAGGAAGGUAG